UUAAAGCCUGCUGAAUGCAAGGUUCGACUUGCAGUUCGACUCUUCUUCGCUCUAUACCAUGAGACCACCAGCUGUCUUGAAAUUCGCGCUCUUCCUCCUCUUCUCCACACUAGGCGCAGGCCAACAACAGCACAUUGCCAGAGUCUUGGUGUAUUCUGCUACCACUGGGUUCCGACAUGACUCGAUACCCACGGCCAUUGAAGCAUUGGAGGCCAAUGCGGAAUCCAUAAACAGCAUCUUCGAGAGUACGGAAGAUAGGGGAAGGUUUACAGAUGAAUAUCUGUCGGAAUUCGAUGCUGUUGUAUUCCUGAGCACGACUGGCGACGUACUCGACGAAUCAGGUAGAGCUGCACUCCAAACGUAUCUCAACAGUGGAGGCAAUUUCGUCGGAAUACAUUCAGCAUCGGACUGUCUACGAAAUACGAGCUUUUUUGUUCGAGAGCUAGGUGCUCGGUUUGACUACCAUGCCGAUCUUCAAGAAGCGAACCUCGACGUAAUCGGACCACCUCACCCAAGCACAGAGGGACUUCCGUCCUCCUGGCGAAUCCGGGAUGAAAUGUACAACUUUGACUCAGACCCCCGAUCCAUUGGUGCAACAGUCAUUCUAGCCGCUGAUGAAUCGAGCUAUGUUGACAAUGGCCCACGUCGGUUCGACCAUGGGACCCCACACCCAAUUGCUUGGUUCCAAGUACAGGGAGCUGGCGUUGAGGAAGGAGGGAUCGCCGGUCGGAGCUUCUACACCAGCUUGGGACAUUUGAACGAGACUUGGGAGGAUCCUGUCUUCCUUUCUCAUGUUCUUGGAGGGAUAUCAUGGGUGCUGCAGUCGAACACAACGAAGGCGUCUAAUUUGCAUGCUUUGGUAGGCAAUCCUGAGUCGGUCCCCAUUGAAAGCAGCAGUACGACCGGCGGGGGCCCUGGCUCCACCGAAACGUCGCCCACGGCGUCUGUUCUUCCAACAGCUGGUGAUUCCGACGACUCUUCUGCUCACCGAGUUCUUGCACCGUUCCUUUUCUGGGCUCUCGCAAUGGCUACAUUGUCCUCGUUAUAA